AUGGAUUCUAUUCCUUCUGGAACUUCAAAGUUUGUUGAACUAUUAAAUAGUCAACAAACUGUUUCCUUUGGUAACUAUGAAGGUAGUCAGGGAACCGGAGCUUCAAACUUUGAAGGAGACAGUGCUCCUGAGCGUAGAGAACGACGGAAGUGGACACCAACAGAUGAUGUUGUCCUGAUCAGUUCGUGGCUCAACACAAGCAAGGAUCCUGUGGUUGGCAAUGAGCAAAAAUCCGCCGGUUUUUGGAAAAGGAUUGCUGCGUACUUCGCGGCAAGUCCUCUUGUUGCUGGCUGCGAGGAGAGGGAGCCAAGUCACUGCAAGCAACGAUGGCAUAGGAUCAAUGACCUAGUGUCCAAGUUCAGUGGAUCAUAUGGAGCUGCUACUAGACAGAGGACUAGCGGCCAGAAUGAGAACGACGUUCUGAAGCUUGCUCAUCAAAUAUACUACAACAACUACAAGAAGAAAUUUAUGCUUGAACACGCGUGGAAGGAGUUGCGACACGACCAGAAGUGGUGCGACCUUGGUACUGCAAAAACUGAAGGGAGCUUAAAGAAGAGGAAGUGUGAAGUUGGUGCAGAUACCUCAAGCUCUCAAGCAACUGAGAACAUGCGUCCCCCUGGAGUGAAAGCGGCAAAGUCCUCAGGUAAGAAGCCGGUGUUAAACGAGAAAACUCUUACUGAUUUUAAGUGUAUGUGGACAAUCAAAGAGAAGGAGUUGGCGACAAAAAAGGAGUUGUCUAAGAUGAGUCUCCUUGAGAGUCUUAUUGAAAGAAAGGAAUCUCUAACUGAGUCUGAAGAAACCCUCAAGAACAAGCUCAUAACUGACUUGUUGUCAGAUUAG